UCGUGUACCUCCUGCCGUGAGACUUUUACAUUGAAAGGACAAUCCUGUGCCUGUCGAGCUACAAGGACAGUUCAGGUCACUCCGGCUCAGUCAGCGUCACUUCUACUGCCACUAGUUCUCAAGCAGGUCCCAUCAUGCGAAGUGUGUAUCUCCUGCUUCCCGCACUGCUCCUCCUCCUGGUCCUUCCUGUCACAAGAGGGCGAUACAAUGAAGACUUUGAUGAUGGAGAGGACCUGGCUGACUUCGAUGACAACGAUUUUGCUGAGUUUGAGGACAUGAAUGAGGAUCAACCUGCUGAGACCGAAACUGCCCCUCCACCUCGUAUGUCACAGUCAUCACAGCCAGAAGAAGAAGAAGAAGAUGAAGAUGAAGCCACUGUGGAGCUAGAGGACGGCCAGGAAGGUUUUGAGGACUCGGAGACACAGGAUCAAGAUAUGUACAGCAAAUAUGACCAGGAAGAGUUUGAGGGGAUUGGAGACAUGGAGAAGACAGGCCACUCUAUGAAAGACCCUCUUAUAAUCCACACGGUUCCUGCACAUCUGCAGAACAGCUGGGAAAGUUACUACAUGGAGAUCCUGAUGGUGACUGGCCUGUUGGCCUACAUUAUGAACUAUAUUAUUGGCAAGAACAAAAAUAGCCGCCUCGCACACGCCUGGUUCAACUCACACAGAGAAUUACUAGAGAGCAACUUUGCGCUUGUCGGUGACGAUGGCACCAGUAAAGAAGCUGUGAGCACUGGGAAGCUGAACCAGGAAAACGAACACAUUUAUAACCUGUGGUGCUCUGGACGUGUGUGCUGUGAAGGCAUGCUGAUCCAGCUCAAGUUUCUUAAAAGGCAAGACCUGCUCAACGUUCUGGCCAGGAUGAUGAGGCCUGCCUGUGACCAAGUGCAAGUCAAAGUGACUCUUAAUGAUGAGGACAUGGACACAUUUGUGUUUGCUGUGGGCACCAAGAAGGCCAUGGCCAGACUUCAGAAGGAGAUGCAGGACUUGUGUGAGUUCUGCGGGGACAAGCCAAAGUCUGGGGCCAAGUAUGGGCUCCCAGAAUCUCUGGCUAUUCUAAGUGAGAUGGGUGAGGUCACAGAUGGAGUGAUGGACAACAAGAUGGUUCAUUAUGUCACUAACCAUGCUGACAAGAUUGAGUCCAUCCAUUUCUCGGACCAAUUUUCAGGUCCAAAAGUUAUGCAAGAGGAGGGUCAGCCCUUAAAGCUGCCUGAAACCAAGAAAACGCUGCUGUUUACAUUUAAUGUGCCUGGCAUGGGAAACACCUCUCCCAGAGACAUGGACGCACUGCUUCCUCUCAUGAACAUGGUGAUCUACAGCAUUGACAAAGUCAAGAAACUCCGUCUCAACAGAGAGGGCAAACAAAAAGCUGACAGAAACCGAGCCCGGGUGGAGGAGAACUUCCUGAAACAGACUCACGCUCAGCGUCAGGAGGCAGCUCAAACUCGCAGAGAGGAGAAGAAGAGAGCUGAAAAGGAGAGGAUCAUGAAUGAGGAGGAUCCAGAGAGACAACGCCGCCUGGAGGAAGCAGCUCAGCGACGUGAGCAGAAGAAGAUUGAGAAGAAGCAGAUGAAGAUGAAGCAGAUCAAAGUGAAAGCCAUGUAAACACCACCACAGGGAUCGGGAUACAAGCACACAUGAAAGUCGUGCGCAACUCAGUUUUCUUCAGCUUCUUUCACCACAACUCUAACUCACCUUCACUCCAGUUCCAAACGGACAUCCUGUGCCUCUGGGUGUGUCAAGCUUAGCCAUUUCUGUGGCCAUCUUCUCCAUUUGGUGUGGCUAAACCCAAUUGACUGUGUCUGAACUGUCUGUGACAAAUGAGAGGGACUUUUUCUGCCAUCAAAUCUGUAACCACAAUUCAUGCAAAGAUAUUUUUUUCUUUUUCUCUGGAACUGUCUUCUCAAAAUUAUUCAAAACUCUUUUUGAAGCUGUGGAGCUCAGUGAGCUUUUUAAACCCAAUCUGUUAAGAAGGAACACACUGUUUAUAUUUGAGAGUCAUUUUAAAGAGAAUGAAAGCAUUGCUGUUUCAUUGGAAAGUUAUGUUUAUUAAUAUAAUUUUUUUUAUUUUAUAUCUGCCAUGGUUUGGUUUUGUGCAGGCUGUUUCUAAUGAAUAUCUAAGCAAACAUAAUAAAGUGCACCGAAGUCUGUUGGAAAACUGUAUGUUCUCUAAUAAAUGAAUUGUUUUACUAGG